AUGAAUGGAACUUCCCGAUCGACUAAUCCAACACCUCAAACCGCUACGGUUAAUACUACUGCUCCCGCUACUACUACGAUUCCUACUACCACUUCUGCCGCCGCCGCUGCCGCUGCUCUAACAGCAAAUGCUCCCGCUUUUGUGGUAAAUCCACAGGAUAAGACCAUUUCACCUGCGGAUUCCACACAGAAGAUCUCUGGCGCGGAGCUAAAGAAGAGAGCAAAAGCUGAAAAAGCCGCGAGACGGGCGAAGGAGAAGGCAGAUCGUGAACAGGCAACUGGAGAUGCUGCUACUGGCAGUGGAAAUCACCCACCACCAAAGAAAGGCGGUCCUGGAUCGCAGUCGCAGAAAAAUGCUGUUGCGGGUGGUUCGGGUGGAAAGGGACAGAAGCAAUUAGGUGGUGGCAGUGGUGGAGGCGGUAAUACUGUUGGUCUGGGACGGCGCGGCUCGAUUGUUCAUGCGAGUCUCACGGAGUCAUCGAAGAAGAAGAAAAGGGAGGAAGAUUUGAUGGCUGCUGAUAAGGCGGUUGCGGUUUUUAGUCACUUGUCGUUGCAGAAGCGUAGGACGACGAUUGCUGGGGCGGGGAAGGAGAUCCAUCAGGCUAUCCUAGUCCUAGGGUUGCAGUUGAAGGAUUAUGUGGUUUGUGGAAGCAGUGCAAGGUGUGUGGCUAUGUUGUUGGCUUUUAAGAGGGUCAUCGAGUCGUAUACCACACCCAUUGGAACGUCCCUUGCCCGUCACUUGACGACCCAUCUCUCCCACCAGAUUUCCUAUCUUUCAUCCUGUCGACCUCUUUCUAUAAGCCAAGGAAACGCGAUUCGCACCAUAAAACUAGCGAUUUCCGCUGUUGACCCAUCCUGUCCCGAGAGUAAAGCCAAAGAGACCCUUUGUAAUUUCAUUGAUGCGUUCAUCCGCGAAAAGAUAACGGUUGCGGACCAGGUGAUUGCAAACAGCGCAGCUCAAAAAGUUAAUGACGGCGAUGUCAUCUUGUGUUACGGUGGAAGCAACAUUGUUCAGCAGACUUUACUUACUGCCCACAGUCAGGGUAAAAAGUUCCGCGUCUCCAUCAUCGAUUCACGUCCCCUUUUCGAAGGCAAAAAGCUCGCUCGUACCCUUGCCAAUGCGGGUCUACAAGUACAAUACUCCCUGGUCCAUGCCAUUAGCCAUGCGGUAAAAGAUGCUACCAAGGUUUUCCUAGGCGCCCACUCCAUGACUAGUAAUGGACGUCUGUUUAGCCGUGUCGGUACCGCUAUCGUGGCAAUGACAGCAAAGGAGCGGGCAGGCGGAAUCAAUAUCCCCGUCAUCGUCUGUUGCGAGACCGUCAAAUUUACCGACCGGGUAGCGCUUGACAGUAUUGUCCUGAACGAACUUGCUGACGCAGACGAGUUGGCUGCCAGCGAACCUCCAAGACAAUUAACAAGUCUACCAUUCCCCGCCCAACAGAAUCCCCAAAAAUUUGGCCCGAAGACAAAUCAAGACUCCGCAUCAAACAAUGAGACAUCAUACCCAGCUGUCAUGGAUCCGAACAACCCACUCCGAUACUGGAAAGAAAAACCAGGUUUACAGCUGCUGAAUAUCAUGUACGAUGUCACUCCGGCGGAGUAUAUUGAUAUGGUCAUUACGGAGAUGGGGAGUUUACCACCCAGCGCUGUCCCAAUCGUCCACCGGAUGAGUACCAACUCUUAA